CCACUAGAAAUUUAUGUUGAUGAUGAAACUAAACUCACUCUUCAUGGUCUUCAACAACAUUUCAUCAAAUUACCUGAAACUGCUAAGAACCGCAAAUUGAAUGAUUUACUUGAUACGCUUGAAUUUAACCAAGUAUGCAUCUUUGUUAAAUCGGUUCAACGUGCAAAUGAGUUAAAUAAACUUCUUUGUGACUGUAACUUUCCAAGUAUUUGUAUUCACGGUGCAAUGAAGCAAGAAGAAAGAAUUGCCAAAUAUAAAUCAUUUAAAGACUUCCAGAAGCGAAUAAUGGUCGCAACUGAUGUUUUUGGACGUGGAAUUGACAUUGAACGUGUGAAUAUUGUUAUUAAUUACGAUAUGCCUGAUGGCCCGGACACAUACUUACACAGGGUUGGGCGUGCUGGACGUUUUGGUACCAAAGGUCUUGCUAUUACUUUCGUAGCAAAUCAAGAAGACGCCGACACAUUAAACAAAGUACAGGAAAGAUUCGAAGUCAAUAUUACAGAACUACCGACUGAAAUAGAGAUCAAUGAUUAUAUGGCAUCAUGA